GGAAGCAGUAUAAAGACAAAGGGAAGAAAGAGCUUACAACAGUGGUCUGUGGUCUGUAUCAUCAGUAUCCACUGCUGGGUUCCUGAGGGGGCAAAAAAAGACAAAUAGUCCUUAUCUUGGCAGCUUUUCUCUAAUGUUGAAUUGAGAGAACUCAAAAUCUAAAGUUUGAAAAUGAAACAGUUAGGGGUUGUGUUGCUGUUGGGUUGCACAGUGCUAUGUGUUGCUGGGAUGAGAAGAGAGUACUUUCUCAGGAUAGAGGAGGUGUCUUGGAACUAUGCUCCGAGUGGAAAUAAUAUAAUCCAGAACAGAACACUGCAGGAGGAUACCGAAGCCUCUGUGUUUUUAAUAAAACUUCCCCAGCGUAUUGGCCCAGUCUACAAAAAGGCUGUUUACAAACAGUACAGCGAUGCCACCUACAGGACAGAAGUGCAGAAGUUAGAAUGGCUGGGUUACCUGGGUCCCUUGCUUAUGGCAGAAGAGGGGGACACAUUGAUUAUUCACCUAAAAAACUCAGCUUCCAGACCUUACAGCAUCCACCCACAUGGACUCAACUACAGCAAAGGGAAUGAGGGAGCCUUGUACCCAGACGGCACAGGUCCAGAGCUGAAGAGGGAUGACGCAGUGGCUCCUGGUGCAACAGUGACGUAUGAGUGGACCCUCCCAGAAUCCCACAGCCCAACUGCUGAGGACAGCAACUGCUUGACCAGGUUCUACCACUCUCAUGUCCGCCCCCCAAAAGAUAUCAACUCAGGACUUUUAGGACCACUUCUCAUCUGCAAGCGAGGAACUCUGGAUGUCCAUGGUGACCGGGCAGCAGACUACACAUAUGCUCUGUUGUUCAUGGUCUCAGAUGAGAACCUUAGCUGGUAUCUUGAUGACAAUAUCAGGACCCAUAUCUCAAAUCCCAUCAGAAAUUUAAAGGAGGAUGAAGAUUUUAUUGAGAGCAACAAGAUGCAUGGGAUAAAUGGUUUUCUUUACGGUAACCUGCCUGGACUGACCAUGUGUCAAGGAAACAAGAUCCAUUGGCAUCUGAUUGGCCUUGGCAAUGAGGUGGACAUGCACUCAGUACAUUUCCAUGGCCAGAUCUUGACCACCCUGAACCACCACACAGACAUGGUCAGCCUUUUCCCUGCCUCUAGCACCACUGCUGAAAUGGUGGCUGACAACCCUGGACAUUGGUUGCUAACGUGCACCGUCAAUGAUCAUUUGAUGGCUGGAAUGCAGGCUUUGUUUGAAAUCAAGAAGUGUUUCCCCAAUGUUCAUAAGGCCCGUCCUCAUGGUGAGCUCAGGCAGUUCUUCAUUGCUGCUGAAGAAGAGGUCUGGGAUUAUGCUCCCACACUGCCAAGUGAAAGUGAAGCAGACACAUUUGUAACGAGAGGUCCAAACCGCAUUGGCAGCAGGUAUAAGAAGGCUCGAUAUGUGGAAUAUACCGACAACACUUUCACAACAAAGAUGCUACGCACCCCGGAGGAGCAACACCUUGGAAUUCUGGGUCCCGUCUUGCGAGCUGAAGAGAAAGACACAAUCAAGGUGAUUUUUAAGAACAAAGCCAGCCGGGCUUACACAAUACAGCCACAUGGAGUUCAGUACAGUAUAGAACAGGAUGGGACGCUUUACUAUAAUGAACUAGAAGAGACACACACAGCAAAGAAAAUACGGGAGCUCAAGAAACAGCCAAGGGUGGUAACUCCCCCUCCAGCUGCUCUGGUCAGACCUGGGACAGUGUACACCUAUGAGUGGACAGUCCCUGUGGGUGCAGGUCCAGUGCAAGGGGAGCCCGACUGUCUGAGCUAUCUGUACUACUCUGCCGUGGACCCUGUUAAAGACACUAGCUCUGGGUUGGUUGGGCCUCUUCUUGUCUGUCGACCUAAAUCACUGAAAAAAGGAGCACAGAAAAACUAUAACAAGGAGUUUCACCUUAUGGCCACUGUGUUUGAUGAGAACCUCAGCUGGUAUCUGGAUGAAAACAUCCAGACCUUCACCACAGCUCCUAAAACUGUGAACAAGGAGGAUGAAGGCUUCUUGGAGAGCAACAAAAUGCACGCAAUCAAUGGGUUUGUGUACAGGAAUCUGCCAGGCCUGAGCAUGUGUAAGGGAGAUAAAACCACGUGGCACCUUUCUGGACUGGGUUCAGAAACUGAUGUCAUCAGCCUUUACUUCCAGGGAAACCGGUUCCUAUAUCGCCAGAACCGAAGGGACACCAUCAGUGUUUUCCCCCAUAUCUCGCACACAGUUACUAUGGAACCCGACAGCAUGGGUCAGUUUGAAGUUGUUUCUGCUACAGUGGACCAUUACCGAGGUGGGAUGCGAGCCAACUACACAGUAGAGAAGUGUGGCCUGUUUCAGCGUCAGGCUGAGAUGAUGCGCCAUUCAAAGACAUUCUACAUCGCUGCCAUGGAAAUAGACUGGGAGUACUCUCCCAACCGCACCUGGGAGGUUGAGAUGUUCAGAGGCCAUGAAGACAACCCUGCCCCUGUCUUUUUGGAGAAGAGUGAUGGGUUUAUCGGCUCAACUUACAAGAAAGUUGUCUACCGGCAGUUUACUAAUGACAAGUUCACCAAGGAAGUGGAAAGAACACCUGAUAUGGAUCAUCUCGGAAUUAUGGGUCCAAUGCUUCAUGCCUCAGUGGGUGACAAAGUUAAAGUGGUUUUUAAGAACAUGGCAUCCAGACCUUAUUCCAUCCAUGCCCACGGAGUAAAGACAGAAUCUCCUGAUGUCUACCAAACCAAACCAGGUGAAACUCACACUUACACCUGGUACAUCAACAAGAACACAGGACCCACCACAGAUCAAGAAGAGUGCUCAGUGUCAGCAUAUUACUCUACUGCUGAUGUCACAAAGGACCUGUACAGUGGACUGAUUGGUCCAUUAGUGAUCUGCCGCCGUAGCUGGGCCAGAUCUCUUGGACUAAAGAAGGAAGUAGAAGAGUUUGCACUGCUUUUCCUGGUGUUUGAUGAGAAUGAAAGCUGGUACUUGGAUGAAAACAUUAGAAGGCACAUCAGGAACCCUCGACCAAACCUGAAGGAUGAUGAAGCCUUCAUUGAGAGCAACAAAAUGCAUGCUAUUAAUGGCUACGUGUAUGCCAACCUGAAUGGGUUGAACAUGGAGGUGGGAGAUAAGGUGUACUGGUACCUGAUGGGGAUGGGCAAUGAAGUGGACAUACACACUGUACACUGGCAUGGUCACAGUGUGGAAUAUAAGCUGGGGGGAGGACCUCACCGUGUUGACUCGUAUGAGUUGUUCCCAGCCAUCUUUCAGACAGUGAAGAUGCGCCCUCAGUAUCCCGGUACCUGGCUGGUCCACUGCCACGUUACUGACCACAUUUCAGCUGGGAUGGAGGCAAUGUAUACGGUUACUGAGAAAGCAAAAAAGGGUGGACUCUUUGGCUGAGCUGCUGAAUAACUUGGAUCCAAACAGAAUCUAACUAAACCAAGUUUAAUGUUCCUUUUGAUUCCCACUUCCUGAUUGUUUGAUAACAGACUUCCAAUGUAAAUAGUGACUGGUAGAAACUGGACACACAAGUAAUCAUUUUAAAAUAAAAAGUAAUUUUUUACACAGUA